UCCUCCCUCCUCCAGAUCAAUUUGUGUAAUUUCAAUCCUCUCUCGGUCCCUCCCCCCCCCUCUCCCCUCUUCUUUGGGCAGAAGAAGCAAACCCUCUUGUGAUUUCAGUCAAUCGGUUUCCGAUUCAAGGAAGUUAUUUGAUUUUUCUCAAUGGAUGCUAAAGUGAGCAGACGCUCCGUCUCCUCCUUCCAGAGCAGCGAUCACGAUGACGAAGACCAGAUGGACCUCAGGAGGGGCCCAUGGACGGUCGAGGAAGACCUCACCCUCAUCAAUUACAUUGCCCACCACGGCGAAGGCCGCUGGAACUCCCUCGCUCGCUGUGCGGGCCUGAAGCGGACUGGAAAGAGCUGCCGGCUUCGGUGGCUGAAUUACUUGCGCCCCGAUGUUCGUCGAGGAAACAUAACACUUGAAGAGCAACUUCUGAUUCUUGAACUUCACACCCGCUGGGGCAACCGGUGGUCAAAGAUUGCACAAUACCUUCCCGGAAGAACCGACAAUGAAAUCAAGAAUUACUGGAGGACACGGGUGCAGAAGCACGCGAAACAGCUCAAAUGUGAUGUGAACAGCAAGCAGUUCAAGGACACUAUGCGUUACCUAUGGAUGCCCAGACUCGUAGAAAGAAUCCAGGCUGCUUCUGCUGCCGCCUCCACGACCAACAACAGCGGAGGCUCUCCCGGUGGAUCCUCCACUAUUACUUCUGCCACAGCCGCAGCCACCACUACAGACAAUUACUACCACCACCAAUUCAACAGCAACUAUAUGGUCUCACAGAUACCUCCGGUUGCCUGCACGCCCGAGAACUCAAGCACAGCAGCCACCACUUCAUCGGACUCAUUUGCAGCUCAAGUCUCACCAGUCUCCGACUUUGCUGAUCAAUACAAUCUCCCAAUCUUCAAGAACCCUAACACGGAUUACGAUUUCAGAGUGGAUAACCAAGUUGCAUUUGAGGAGUCCUUCACUAGCCCUGCGGCCUACUUCAAUUACGGGUCAUCGGGAUUCCCAUCCAUGGAGCAAAAUAACGCGGAUGAUUGGUUGGACGGUGGGGAAACAUCAGACAGUUUUUGGAAUGUUGAGAAUAUCUGGUCCUUACAGCAGCAGCUAAACAACAAUGUCUGAUCAGUUAUAAAUAAGUACAGAAAAAAAAAAAAAAAACGAAGGGAGUGGGACGGCGAUGAUGUAAAGGAGCAAAUGUGGAGAAAUUAGAUCAAGAGAGGAUCAAUUAGCCAAAAUAGAAUAAUCAAUCUAAUAUGCUGUGUUCACAAUUGUGUUUGUUCCUUAGUUUGUUGAUUUUAUGUGGAAAAAUCUGUACCCAGGUCGAGUUUAUUCAUCUUAAUCCGUUGAAAUUGACUUCA